AGUUGCGACGCAAUUGCUGUGAGACACCACCAGAAGAGAGGCUACAAACCAAGCUAAGCAAAAUGUCACAGGACAUCAUGACGGAGCCGGUUUCUAGGAUGCGGGAUGUACGUCAGUUCCAUGAUCUGAUCACCUGUGGCAUAUGCCGGGGAUACAUGGUCGAUCCAACCACAGUGGAUGACUGCUAUCAUACAUAUUGUCGCAGUUGCAUACUGAAGCACCUGCUGCGUGUGCCCUAUUGUCCCGAAUGCAAGCGGAGCCGGGGCAAGGAGAUCAGCGAGAUCACCGAAUUCAAUCUGAGAUCGGAUGAUAUGUUGCGGACCCUCAUCUACAAAAUGGUGCCGGGUCUCUAUCAACGGGAGUGCCAGGCGCUGGCCGAUUUCGAGGAGCAGCACAAGGACCUGGUGGAUGAGAAGUCACCGCUCCACCAGGAAUUCUUCACCGCCACGGAGCUAGUGAGCUUGUCGUUGGAAUACCAUCCCGCCAUGUUGCAACAGUGUGGUGCGGGCGAGGUGCCACCCACCAUUUACUUGCAAUGUGCCGCGGGCCUGAGGGUGGAGCUGUUGAAACGCUUCCUCUGCUCCAAGUACAACAUUGAGGCGGACAACAAACUGGUCGAGGUGGAGGUCACCUAUGAGGAUGAGGUCCUGCCCUCCCAUUUUACGCUCAUGGAUGUGGGCUAUUGCUACAAAUGGAGUCGGCAAUCGCCGAUGGCCUUUUGCUACCGGAUUCUGCUCUACGAGAGCGAACGGGCAAAAAACGAUGAGAAUAACCUAUCGAGGAUUAAUCAGGACAUUGAACCAGGCCAGACAGUGCGUCGCCCCAAAGCGGCCAAGUCGGUGUCCUUUGCCGAGGACCUCGAGUCGGAAAUGGACUCCGUCUCACCGCGUUCCAAGGCGCGGAGUAACAAGACCUCGCCGAAGGUAUCCCCCCAGUCCAAGGGCAAGCGUUUGGCCAAAAAGGAAGCGGAACCGGAACCCGUUAGCACUUUCAAGAGCCUGCGCAGCAAUGACAUGCGAUACAGCGACUAUGCCGUGCCCAAGGUGAAGAGUGAGCCGGAGCAGGAGCUGCCAGAUACCCAGCGGGAACAGCCUCUGGAGGCCAACGCCAACAUUGUGGUCAGCAUACCGCCCUCGCAACUCAUCAAGUCCUACGGAGAUGUCGAAGACUUCGAGCUGAAGACGGCCAAUCGCAAGGUGUCCGGGAAUCUGCCCAAGCUCAAGAUCGAGCUGAACAGCAUGAAGAGCAAGCUGAGCAUGCCGCUGUCGGCCCACGGCCGUCUGGAGGACACCAGUGCGUCCGCUUCGGCCCAGCAGUUGGACCUGGAGACGUAUGCCAAGAACAUUGGCCUGAAACCGAUCGAACAGCCUGCGGCUUUGGGCGUCAGCGAUACCAAGUACAGUCCCAAUGCCUCGCCCAUGUCCUCGUGCUCCAGCUCCACCAACGGCUCCACCUCCAGCCUGGGCACUGCCGAUGCCAGUACCUCCACAAGUACCAGUUCGCACCGGAAGCGGAAGAAGAAACACUCCAAGGAGCCGAAGGAUGCCAACGGUAAGCGGAAGAAGCUCCAUGCGGAGAUAUCCUCGCAAACGGAUGGAAAAAUGAAGGUGAAGAUCACAUCGACGCCGAAGCACAAGCUGGACUUGAAGCGCUCCCAUUCGAUAGCUGGAGGAGAGCUGGCUCUCCAGCAGCUGAAACUGGACGAGAGGAGCAUCAAUUCCUCCUCGACGUCGGACGUCCUGAACCGGACCCUGGGCGAGGAGGCGCGCAGCAUUAGCAGUCUGGUGGUGGGUGGAGCUCCUACCCCGCCGCCCACACCAACAACGGAAGCGUUGGUCCAGCAGCCACCCCAGGUGGUAGUGGCCAAGCCCAAGGAGAUGCCCAGUCUGCCGACGUCGCCGCCCCUUCCUCCCAGCUUGUUUAAGGCCUACACGCCCAGUGCGACUCCCACGAUUCCGGCUAAGACCAAGGUGGCGCCCCAGCACCAGCAUCAGCAGCAGCAGCUGCACCAGCUCCAACAGCAGCAGCAUCAGGCACACGCCGCCCAGGUGAAGACAAGCCCCGCCGCCAAGCCCCCCUUGAGCAACAACAACAACCGCAAGCUGUCGGGCGGACACUUUGCGGUGCCACAAGCGCCCGGCAACCGGAAUCUGUACCACAUGCAGCGGUAUCUGUCCACACCCAGUUCCAUAGCCAGUGCGGCCAACAAGCAGCCGAAGCGAUCGCUCUCGCUGGACGAGUCGCAUCCCGCCAAGCAGGCCCGCUUCCAGGAGGCCCAGGCCAUGGCCAACUACACGGCCAAGAAGUUUCUGCUGAGCAGCCAAACGGCAACCUAUCUGCCGAAUCCCCAGCCCCGUCUCUACGGUCCGGACAUGAACAGCAAGACCCCAAUGCCACUACUGUGUCCCACCAGUAUGUCUCUGGCCGGUUCUAGCUUGGGCAGUGGCUCGGUCACCAUUACGGCCAGGCCAAGGGCCAAUCAACUGGGCUAUCCUUAUGUUCCCGAGGCCAGCAAUCAGAUUCCGGCUCUGGAAAUCGUGCGACUGGGACCUGGCAACAAGCCGGGAGGACCAAAGGCCAUGCCGCCGCUUAGCCCGCCGGCAGCCUCGUCCUCGGCGGCCAGUCGGUUGAUGGGACCACCGGCAGCACUGCCCAGUAAGAACUCCCUGAAGAUGCCAAUGCCGCUGCCCAUGCCAAUGACCACAAUACCGACGAUUGUCAAGUCACCCCCGUUGUCAGUGGCAUUGAGUGGUCAGAGGGGCAACAACAACAACAACAAGGGUAACAACAGCAACAACAAUGCUGCUUAUCGGACAUCACCGCCUGCAUUAAUAAAUCUGCGCAAUACAGCACCACACUCUGCAACAUUUCCAUCAAAGUUGCAACAGCAACAAAGUGGAAAGGUAGAGGCCAAUUCAAAGAAAUCCCCGCCAGCCGGUACUGCCAAUGGUACUGCCUCAUUGGAGUCCAAGUCGAAAACGAGUUUGCGAGAGUUUAGGCCAGCAGUAACAGCAGGAGCUAAGGAUGCCGACAUACUUGAUUUAUCAGCAAAUCCAGGAAGGAACAACCAACAACCUAACCGCAACAAAAUUUCCAACAACAACAACAACAACUACAGCAAUAACAACACCAACAACAACAAAAGUAAUAGCCUAGAGGCAGCCUUGAAUAAAAUCAAACAGAAUAUAUCCGCCAACAGUAAUGGUGGUAAUGCUGCUGUUGUUGUUGCUGCAUCUACCACUUCUAGUAAUGGCAAUGGUAGUAGCAACACUACCAACUCUAAAAACAACAACAACAACAACAGUAGCAGUAGCAACAAAAGCAACAACAACACCAAUGGUAACAACACCGGCGAUGAUCUACAAAAUCUGCAUAUGCUCUCGGAAUCGGCAACGGCCCGGGAAAAGAUCUCGAUAAAGGUGGCCAGCUUUGAGAAUAAGCCAAAAAAUGCCAAUGCCAAUGCACUGGUGAGACCACAGAAUGCUUCAGUUAGGAGCAUACCGAAUCCCUCGGCUCUGGCCUUUCGCAAUCAGCCGGCCACCGCGACUACAACAGCAACGACUACGACCAAUAUUAGCAAGCCGUUGACUGUAAAAGCCGAGGACAGAUCUAGCAAAGGAUUACUGAGUCCUAAUAGCACCACCACCACCACCAACAACAACAAUACUAACAACACCAACAACAACAACAACAGUAGUAGUAGUAGCAGCAACAAUGCUGCCACAUCCCCACGUGCAAUGACCAAGAAACCCACGACCAUUGAUCAAGUGGCUGCCAAUUUGAAUAUUCGGGCCGAGGCCAAGGCAGCCGCUCUCGCCGAGGAGGCGCCACCCGUGCUCAGUAGCCGUACCUCCAAGUCCCCGGAACUGGCCAAGACCACCACGGCGACAAGUUCGCGACCGGAACCCAAGGAGACAUCCGCCGGUGGUGCCAUCACGGUUUCGGCUGCCAGCACAUUGCUGCCCAUGCCGGUGGCGACAGUGUCCUCCAGUUCGGUUGCGGAACCCAUGUCCAAGCCUCCCGUGCAGAUCGCCGCCACCGAUACACUGGCUCCUGUGGCGAGUUCCGCUUAGUCACCAGCGUUUCUUUGGCUGUGCGGAACGCAAAUGUAUCUUGUGGCGCCGCUGGAGAAUCUACAAGAUACAACCAACAACCAGUCGCAGUUUCUCAACCUCGCUCCCGAAGAAAAGUGCAAUUUAAGUAACCAGUAAACAGUAAACAGUUGUAAGCCUUAGAACUAACCCGAAAUAGCCUCAACGCCAAGCAAUAUCUACUCGCAGAUAC